GCAAUUAAACGGAGAAAGAGCAAAGACUUGGUGACGACUACAAACCUUUAUUUGCCUUUCACUUUUUCAGUCUCUUCUCACUAUUAUUUUCUUCGAUUCAAUCCAGUUAUCUCUUCUCACCGGAGGAAAUGUACGGUCCUGAUUAGCUGUCCUAAUAAUCUAUUUGAUCUUGAUCAAUGGGGAGUGUUUCAUCGGAGGAUUGGUUAGAUCAAGUGAGCGAGAGGUUCGAGCUCGACAGUUACAGUUUGAGUGCGGAUGUGAGCGGAUCGGAGAGUGACACUUCUAGUAGUAGCUUCUCAUGCCGUCGUUACGAUCUCCAAGGCGGCGCUUCCACUUCUUUCACUUCUUCGACUCCUGAUUUCGCCGGUAAUUCCGUUUCUCCUCUGCCGCUUCCGGUGAUGCUACCGGUUGUUGGUGAUAGACAUGUUGCUGCUAGUCCCGAUGAGAUGGAAGAGAAACCGGAGACUGACUUGUCCGAAAUUGCACUGAUGAAGGAGCGGUUUGCUAAGCUUCUGCUUGGAGAAGACAUGUCAGGUGGAGGACAGGGAGUUUGCACCGCCGUCGCCAUCUCCAAUGCCAUCACCAAUCUUUCUGCUUCUGUGUUUGGGGAGCUAUGGAGAUUAGAGCCAUUAGCGCCACAAAGAAAGGUAAUGUGGCAGCGAGAGAUGGAAUGGCUUUUAUGCAUAAGUGAUUCCAUAGUAGAGCUUGUACCAUCAAUGCAGGAAUUUCCUGGUGGUGGGACUUAUGAGGUUAUGGUGCCUCGGCCACGUUCGGAUUUAUAUGUGAACCUCCCGGCACUCAAGAAGCUUGAUGCAAUGCUGAUUAGCAUUCUUGAUCUGUUUUCUGAAUCUGAAUUUUGGUAUGUUGAUCGUGGGAUAGUAGUUGCUGGUGAUGAUGAUGUGGAGGAACUUCCCAUGUCUUCCUCUUUGAGAAGACCAUCAAUCAGACAGGAAGAAAAAUGGUGGCUUCCUUUCCCUAAAGUUCCCCUGGCUGGUUUGUCGGAAGACACAAGAAAGAAGCUGCAGCAGUGUAGGGAGUGCACAAGCCAGAUCCUUAAGGCUGCGUUGGCAAUUAACAAUAGUGUGUUAGCUGAGAUGGAAAUCCCAGAUACUUAUUUUGAGAGCUUGCCCAAGAGUGGAAAAGCUUGCUUAGGCAGAAUCAUGUAUCAUUAUAUAACUGCCAAACACUUCUCCCCAGAUUAUCUUUUGGAUUACUUAGACUUGUCAUCAGAAUACACCACUUUGGAAAUAGCAAAUCGGAUAGAGGCUGCCACGCAUUUCUGGAGCCAAAGUUACCAGAACAAGCACUUAAUUCGUGCAAGGAAUGGGAAGUCAUCAUGGAGUGGCAAGGUGAAAGGAUUUGUUGGUGAAAUACCCAAAAGAAAACUUCUAGCAAAACGAGCCGAGGUUCUCAUACAUAACCUAAGGCUACGUUUUCCUGGCCUCCCACAGACUGCUCUAGAUGUAAACAAGAUCCAAUAUAACAAGGAUGUAGGGCAUGCUAUCAUGGAGAGCUAUUCUAGGGUGAUGGAAAGCUUGGCCUUCAACAUAAUGGCAAGAAUUGAUGAUCUCCUAUAUGUGGAUGAUGCCACCAAGCAACGUGCAACAACAGAGUCAGCAUCUCCUUGUUUUCAGGGACAGUGUGGUAGUAGACCAUCCAAACAAAAGUGGAUAUCAUCUAGCCAUGCUUCUUUUCAACACGGUCCUUGUUCCUCCGCAUUGACUGUGCCAACUGUCGGCUCUUCCAGUGAAGUAAUCAGGAUUACUAAUGGAAGGAAACCCCAUUCUUUGAAGAAGAGCAAUUUAAGGGACUCGGUAGAUCAGACUCUAGAGAAACUAACAGUUUGACUUGUUAGAUCAUAUCGUCCUCCUGUUUGGACGACCUCAGUACUAAAAGACUUCUUACUGCUUCUGAAUCUAGUUUAGAUAGCUUGUUCCACUAAGCACAGAUUUGUGCACAAUAUGUAUAUCCUUUUGCAGAGAGACAGCAUACCCAUAAACAUUAUGGACAUAAGACCGAACUCUGGUUUCGUUUUUUCCUUGUCGGUUUUGGAGGUUUGAGUAAUGUGUAAUAGCAAAACUGUUUAAUUCUUUUUA